AUGAGUAAGUGUUCCUUUUUACAAAAUAAAAUCACGUACUUAGGACAUGAAAUUACACCGAGUGGCAUUCAACCGGGUGAAUCUAAGUUGGCAGCAGUGUCACAGUUUCCCACUCCUAGUAACGUUCACGAGAUACGUCAAUUUAUUGGGUUAUGUAGUUAUUUUCGUAAAUUUAUUAAAAAUUUCGCAAUAAUUGCCCGCCCAUUGACCGAUUUAACAAAGAAAAACGCGGCUUGGAAUUGGGGCCGUGAACAAUCUAAUAGUUUUGAACAAUUAAAACAGUGUUUGUGUACAAAACCCAUACUAGCUUUAUACGACCCCGCAUUACCGACGGAGAUUCACACGGAUGCAUGCAAAUCAGGUAUCGCAGGCAUUUUGUUGCAAAAACAAACUGAUAAUUCAUUACGCCCCGUUAUGUAUUUCAGUAGAGUAACGAGUAAGGAAGAAAGCAUGUAUCAUAGCUACGAGCUCGAAACUCUCGCGGUAGUCGAAUCGUUGCGUAGAUUUAGGGUGUACAUCAUAGGCAAACAUGUUAAGAUCGUGACUGACUGUACGGCUGUUCGUGCCACCUUAACUAAACGUGACAUUAUCCCGCGUAUAGCCAGGUGGUGGCUGUCAAUCCAAGAUUUUGAUAUGACUGUAGUAUAUAGACCCGGAGAGAGAAUGAAACAUGUAGACGCGUUAAGUAGGAACCCAAUCGAUACUGUGAAUGUGAAUCGCCUUGAAGUGUCGGACUGGUUUUAUACCGUCCAGUAUCAGGAUGACAAGUUGAAGCGAAUCAUUGAUCAGCUUUGGGAUGGCUCAGCCGCCACUGAAAUAUCCAAUAGUUAUGUAUUCUCAGAUGAUAGAUUGUAUAAAAAGACAUUGCAUGGUAAUCGUCUCGUAGUGCCAGCAUUAGCUCGAUGGAGGCUAGUCCAAAUGCACCAUGAUGACAUAGGACAUGUGGGUUUCCAAAAGUGUAUAGACUUAAUAAAAAAGACUACUGGUUUCCAAAAAUGA